UUUUAUGCUAAUGUGAGUUUUGUGCUUCUAAAAAAAGAUAUAGGUAUAAUAUAACCUCAUUUAGGCAAUUAAACUUAUUUGGGAUUUAUUUAUAUGCAGUCGUUAGUGUGUCGAUGUCUUUAUUAAAGGUUUGCUAACUACCUAAAAUCUAUUAUGGAUAAAUAAAAAAAAUGACAUUUCUCGAUCUUAACUGUUGAUUAGAGUUGUAGAGUGGUGUCUACAAACAGACAUAAUGCCAGCUGUCGUGGUUGUAGACAGACCUCCCCAGAGGAGUGAAGCCAUGUGGUUGGCUCUCAAGGCACACAUAAUCAGGGAACGACAAAAGAAAAAACAAGAACAAGAAGCAGAUGCUGAGGUGGAACGACAACGUAAAGAGAGGGAACGUCAACAGAAGCAAGACAAAAUGACUCUGGGAGAGACUCGGGAACAGAUUUCUCAGUUGGAGCAGAGACUGCAACAGCUGAAGGAAGAGAAACAUCAGCUGUUUCUGCAGCUCAAGAAAGUAUUGAAUGAAGAUGAUAACAGGAGAAGGCAGCUUGUUAAGGAAUCCAACGAUGUCAUGGAGAUGUACGGCUACCCAGGAGUGGCCUUGGGAAAUCCACAGCUGUUCCUUCAACAGAAUAUUCCCCUGACCAACCGCAACCCCCUUUACAAAGUGCCACCCUCGCACACUCUACUGCAAGCGGGAACACUGAAGAGAAGAAGAAGUCCUUCUCCUGCCAACUACCCACAAUACGGCACAUACAAGCCAGCCACCAGCCAGGCCACAUACCAGAAAGUGGAGGACAGAAGCAGAGGUCAUGAGUACGUGCGUGCGGUUUUGUGGAAUAAGCCCUACGGUUUGACCGAGAGUAGUCAGUAUGGACCAUUCUACACAACCUCCACGACCAUGAGUUACUCUGCAGCCCCCGCUCCUACCCAGGCACAGACUGUGUACACGUAUGGCGGACCGCAGUUUCAGGCCUCGUCUAGCAGUUCGGCUGCCCCGCCUCCGGCCACAGAGACCACCAACCCCACACCCAAACACCACUACAUGGCUCAACAACGGCCCCACAACCCAUCUUAUCUUCAUGUGACGAUUGAUGCUAAACAACCUUUUCCGGAGGAGAACUUCUACUCCCCCGCUCAGAUCCGGCCGGCUACUCAUGUACCGUUGCAUGGCGGAGCAAUUCCAAUACAGCAACCUCCUCAGGGAGCCAAAACUGGAGGGAUAACUUCAGGCUAUCCGAUCCGACCUCCAGCCUCCGCACCGACUGCUACCACUCCACAUAGUGUGUACGUGAGCCAGCCGUCGAGUGGCAGUCGGCUGGUGUACAGCCAGUCGGUUACAACACAGCCAGCCGGUUUAUCGAACAUCCGGUACAGUGUCCCACCCAUGCAGAGGGAGGCAUAGACCAGGGAGCGUUCCGUAGUUUACCUGUGCACAUUAAAAACGUCAGCUGUUUCUCAGAAAUAAAUAUGACGAAACUCAUUCAUACUAUUACUCCCAGUUCACCCCUUCAUUGGUUAGUAUCGGUGUAAGAAAAUCGUAGUUCUUAGUGUUUAACGUAGAUUCCGUCAAUAUGGUCAUCUAGGACUUUCCUUGCAGCAUAGAAACUACACACAGACCAAUACCGCCCUGGAAAUAUAUCGAAGUAAUCAAUGUGGAGCAAUUAUCUGCAAUGAUAAAUUAGAUGCUGGUAUUACGGACAACAGCGUUGUUGAAUAAAAGAAACAUGACUUUUCAGGACUGAAACGUAAACUCUUCAACAAACGGCGAUAAACACAUGAAAGUCAAAGUUAAGUUCAAAAAGCUUCUUUGAAAAAAACGCCUGAACUCAGCAUCACGUUAAAAGCACAAACGAAUAAUCAUUACACAACACAGAUGCACCAGUGAAAUACGUGCUGCAUGCAUCACAGGAAAGUCUGUGACGAGGAAGUCACUUGUAGUCAUGGGAGCCUGAUUAGCGAUUGCGACAUACUAUGGUAUUGAAGGGGGGGGGGAGGGGAGUAAAAAAUACAGCCCAUUGUUUACUCAUCUCUCCAUAUACCUUAAUGUCAUUAUGUGCACCUAUAUUAUUUUGAAUGAGGUUUCUUUAACUUUAUUGUUUUAUUGUUUGUUUUAAUGUCCUACUUAAUCCUUUUUCUUAUUAUAGGUCAAGUAUUGGGCUUGACUUCAACAGAUCGACAUUGUGAUUGGUCUGCUAGUUGUAUGUAUGAAGGGUGAAUUUUUUUGUAUAACAAUGUUUACUUCUUGAUGUUCUCAUCCCACUUCAUGUAAUGAUUUUUAAACUAGUAAUGUUUUAAUUUAUAAUAAAUAAUUGACGUAAAAAAAUAGAUGGUAGUGGCAAACAAAUGUAUAAAAUUUUGUUCUUCUAUUGUGUCAAUAACUUUUCUGAAUUUCAAAAUGAAAUGAGAACAAAAUUUAAUUAUGAUAAUGUAAGCAAGAAAAUAGUAUUGUAGGAAUUAAUUAUUUUUUUACUAUUUUAAAAUAUUUAGGUUGUGAAAUUUUAUUUUACAGCUAAAAAUCCUGUAGUGGCAGGCUAUUUUUGGUCAGUUUAUGAGCACUUAUUCUAAAUUAUCCCUACACUUCAAAUACUGUUUUUAUCUUUAUAUUAAUAGUAGUUUUUUUAUGUAAUAUCUGUAGAAUUAUAAAACAUACUAAUAAAUAUAAUUUGUUGAUAUACAUAUUUUUCACAUUAGAUGAAACUUGAAAUUAAAGAAAUAAAUUUGUUAGUAGGGAAUUAGGCAACAAGUAAUUGUAGGGAAUUAGGCUUCAUAGUUGUUUAACUAUGUUUACCAUUCAUCACGUAAUAAAUCAAAUUCAACCAUAGAAAUAAAUGUUUUACUAAAAGAAAAUAAGGGCACAGUAAUUUUGCACUCAGUUAGAAGAUGGGAACGACAACAACAAAUGAUCGUAAAUAACAGCUGUUUAGAAGAGAGAAUAAGAACAAAAAAGGGUUUUAGCUGAGAAAAAACUCUUCGUCGUUUCAGUGGUACUUAAAUAUCAUAGCUAAACUUGAUAUUAAAUGUUAUAUCAAAUUAAUCAUUUGUCGAUGUCAUGAUGUUCAAUUUUAACGACUGCCAUUACAGCAGCGGUUCAUGUCGUUGAAAAUUGAACGACUGCCAACUUCAAGGUUAAGAACCAUCAUGAUUUUAUUCCAUAAGAACAAGAUUCACCCAUGUUUACAUCUUUAUUUUUAUAUAAUUGGGAGAUGUCUCAUUUAAAAAAUAUAAUUAAGACGCUUUAUUAAAAAAAAAAUGUUUUAUGGCUUAUUUUUAAACAUAUCUCAAAUUGUAUUUUUAUGAUUUGCAUUAAACUAGAAUAAAAUGAUUUGUAUUCCCUUUUUUAUGUUGGAUGUCUCCUUGCGUGUAUAUAUUUUUGUUAUGUGGUACCGUAAUUUUAAUUUUGUGUUCAGUUUUUAACAAUUUUGACAACCAAUUUGUGAACGGGACAAUAUUCCUGGAACUAGUCUCCCCAGUAAAAGAAAUUUAAUUUAUAACUGUAAAGGAAUGAGACAUCUUCCUUAACUCUAUGAGAAAAAAUAAACCUGUAAAUGCGUUUUGAGAUUUAACUGUGUUCUUAUGGAGUAAAACUCAAGACAACUGGUGAGCUGCUCUUCUGCAAAUGUCUCAUGAAUUUUAUAAUGUCCCUAUAGUCUGUAUAAUCAAUAGUACCAUUUCUUGUGAUUUAUUUAUGUGAGUAAGAUAUUUGUAUGUAUUUAAUACAUUACAAACUUUUCAACUUAGUUUUUCAGCAAUUUUUUGUGUACAAAAAUGAAUGCUAUUAAUUGGUUUCUCUGGAUAUUUGAUUACAUUUUAUGAAAUGUAUGUUUUGACAUUAAAUAUGAGGCACGUCCAGGAAGUAAGUGUACUGGUACUCUCACAGCUGCAGGGAAUACAUUUUUGACAUGUUGGCAAUACUGCCGCGUAGCCUGAAUCCUCCACUUCAAAACGAGACCAAUCCGAAGUUAGAGUGUUGAAAACUCCUGACACAGUAACAUCUCUCGCGAAAAAUGUCGAUUGUAUCUCCCGCCAAGUGUGAAAUCCGCGCCGACAUUGUCUCAAUUGAAGUUUUCUAGCCUGAAAACUUGUCUCAAUUGAAAAAAACAUGCAUCCUUACAAUUCCCCUAAGAGGGGAUAAUUUUCGGCUGGUUUAUAUCUGCUUGUAAAACCUACAUUGAGUACUGCAAAAGUUGAUGUAUCACCUACAUUUACUCACAGACCGAGGAUGACAUGAGGCUGAAGCAGAGUUAGUGCUUCUUCCAAGGUGAUAUGAUGGAGAUUGUGUCCACCUCAAGGUGGGAAUAAUCUGUCCACAAUUUUGAAAAAAUCUGACAUUAAAAAAUGUAAAUGGUUUAAUAAAUAUUUUGAUUGAUAAGUUGAAUUAAAUACAUUUGACAAUUUUAUUAUUGUUUAGGUACAAUUCGUUUAUUAAUUUUGUGUUAAUUUAGAUGGAAGAAAAUGUAGUGCAGUUAGUUUUAGUUACUUUUAUAACCUCGAUUCAAAUGUUUUACUGUGUUUAUGUUGAUUAAAGUGAUUUGUAUCUGAAUAUGGGA